AUGGCCCUGAGUUUCUCUGAGGCGGACGGCGAUGGGGAGGACUUGGUGGCCCUGACUCUGGCCCAGGCCAUGCUGGCGCUGGCCGUGGUGGCCGCCACCGCCUUGGCCCUGCACUGGCUAGGAUCCGGCUCCGAGCAAGACAAAGACGUGGCCAAGCAGAGUCCGGAGUCUGGCCGGACCCAGGGUCCCCAGGACGGAAAGAUGGCCCAGCCCCCCGCCCCGAAGGCCAGGCUCAGUCGCCAGGACCAGGAGACCAAGGCCCCCGAGACACCAUCGGGCCCCCCGGUCCCCGGCCCCAGGGAGCAGCCUGGAAGAGGCCCCCAAGACCCCGUGUCUCCCGGGGACCCAGAUGGAGGCCCGGCCCCGCGGGCCACUCCCCAGGCCAGAGCACCCAAGAUAACUUCCAGGGUGGCCCCUCCAAAACAGGCUGGAGAUGGCUCCCAGGUGCCCCUUCACCCACAGAGCAGGGCUGGCGCUCCACCAGGGCUAGGCCCCCUCCUGAUACACUUCACCCCAAGGCACCCGGACCCUUGGAGCGAGGGGGGGCUUGGAGGCUCAGGGCGCCCCGGCCCCCUGGUAGCUGCCCCACCUGGAGAGAAGCCAGACAACGGGCAGCCCGCGGGCCAGCGGCAGAAGGGGGCGCCCAGUCCCAGAAGCAGGCGCCGAGUUCGAGGGCUGGGGCCGGACCCCUUCAGCCUGGGUACGGUGGUGAGUGUGUGGGAUGCCAUUGAUGUGGGAAGCUCCCUCGCUGCCAGGGACCCCCUGCUUGGCGGGCUCCUGCCCCAGGCCCCGGGCACCAGAUUUGUGGCUCCAGCAGACACUCCUGCUGGCCCUGCACCUGAGGAGAAGUGGGCCCCCCCGUCCGGGAGCCCCCAAGUAACGGUCUUGGGGAGCGGUGGGGGGGGAGGGCCCAUCUUCCUUGCCUCGGGAGCCCCAAUUGCUGUUCAAGGGGGAGCCGACAGGAAGUCAGGAGGGGGAGGGCCCAGCCCUGGGGGGACAGAGCUGCCAGCAUCGGGUAUCCCCAGCCUUGCCGUGUGGGCCCCUGCCCAAGCUGUGGCCCCAGAGCCGGAGGAGAGGUGGCCCUGGAAGGAGAGAGAACUCCUGAUAACCAGCAGCUUUAGCCGGCCCCCCAAUGCCCUGAUCCGGCAGCUGGAGGGUUAUGGCCCAGCGUCCACACUCACCAUCAGGAAGGAGACCAGCGAGGCCAUCCCAGCUCCAAGGCAGCUCGCUCCAAAUCCCGAGGAAGAGAGGAAGGGACCAGUCCCGACCCCUGCCUCCCCAGAGAGCACGAGCCCAGCCCAGGACCCCCAGUUUCCUAGCACCUCCCCAGGUUUAGCGCCUCUAGUUGCUUCGGAGCCGGGGAGUAGGGUCAAGGAGGGGCCUGAGAAUACUCUUCCAUGCACUGAGGGAGAAGCUGGGGAUAUCCAGGCUCAAGAGAAUGCUCCCAUUAUCCAGAAGGGUCCUGGGUUGAGCUCAUCCUCUUCCUCAGGUCCUUCUCCCAGAGCCCGCAGGACCCUAGGAUCUCUAACCUCAGUCACUUCUCCCAUGGAAUCUCCAGCCUCAGUCCCUGCACCCACAGGGUCUCUGACCUCAGCUCCUGUACUUAAAGGGUCUCCAGUCUUAGCCCCAGCACCCUCAGGGUCUUUGACCUCAACCCCUGUACCCACAGUGUCUCUGUCCCAAACGCCCCUGUCCUCUGCUCCUUCACCCAAAGAGUCCCCAUCCUCAGUUCCUGUACCCAAAGGGCCCACCUCCCCAGCCUCUGCAUCCACAGGGGCCCCAGCCUCAGCCUCUGCAUCCACAGGGGCCCCAGCCUCAGCCCCUGCAUCCACAGAGUCCCCGUCCUCAGCUCCUGUACCCCAAAGAUCUACCUGCCCAGUCCCUGCACCUAAAGCUCCCAUUGCCCAAGCCUCAUUGCCCAAGGAUCUGCCACCUGGGAGCCUUGCCUCACCUGUCAGGAGUUCCCAGAGCCCUCUGGGGGUUGAAAGUCCAACAGCAUCUCCAGCCCUGGACCUACCCCCGGGGGGCCGGUCUGUCAGGGCUCUGCCCCCGAGCCCCAGUGGCAGCUGGGGAAACCUUAUUUCCAUGGUUUUGCGGAGCCAUCCCUUCCCCAGCUCAGAGAAGGACCCAGGGGAGGUGGCUUGGACCAGCCCUGCAGAGAAUUUGGGUCCUGCAGCUGGGCCCUCCCCAAGCAGCAAGACGGGGGAGCUCACUGCAGGGGGAAAGGGAGUGGUUGAGGAGCCUCAGGUCAGGGUUAGGGCUCCCCCACCCUCAGAAAGAUUGGAAGCCCCAGGAGCACCCGUUCCCAGUGACCCCAGGGGCCUGAAUGGGGCCCAAGUGGAGGAGAAAAGGAUGGCCGAAGCGGAGCUCCGAAGUGUCGCCCGGGGGCCCUCACCUCCCCUGGAGCCCCUUGGCCACCGGGAGGAAAGGAGGUCGGAGGCAGCGCCCCCCCGAGAGGCCCUGCCUGACGGGCAGCCCGCACCCCGGCCCCGGAAGCGCAGCAUCUGCCAGGUGGCCGACAGCCUGGCCCAGAAGGUGAGCCCGGUGGCCCCCUCCCAGAAGGAGACCCCUGCGGGGCUAGUAGCCCCCCUCUCCGAAAGGCAGCUCCAGGACAACCAGCUGAUGGCCUUCCUGAGGCGCCCCGGGACCUGGGGCACGGUGGAAGGGCAGCGCAAGCCCAGCCACCCCCCCGAGGACCUCCCCGGCGCCGUGGCGGCCCUGCGGCGGCACCUGGACCUGGGCAGCUGUGUGGAAGCCCUGACCUUCGCCCAGCAGCACGGCCAGCUGGCCCUGGCCGAGGAAGUCUACGCCCUCAUGAGCGACAACUUCCUCCUGGUGCUGGGUGAUGCCCCGCUCUACCGGCAGCUCAGCGCGGGGGACCGCGAGCGGAUCCUGGCCCUCCGGAGCACCCGGGGCCAGGCCGUGCUGGGGGUGCUCGUGCUGCCCAGCGCGUACGGGGGGGCCCGGCCGGGCUUGGCGGGGGGCUCCCAAGCGGCAGAGCCCCCAGCUUCCCUCUCGGGGCCCAUGGCCCGCACGUACCUGCACAUGUUCGAGCCUGGCAGAAACGCGUGGCUGCCCCUGGCCCUCGUGCCCGAGGAGGCCCCGCUGCGGGGCUGUGGCGUGUGCACCAUGCACAACUACCUGUUCCUGGCCGGGGGCAUCAGGGGCUCGGGGCCCGGGGCCGUCUGCACCAACGAGGUCUUCUGCUACAACCCGCUGACCGACAUCUGGACCCAGGUCCGGCCCAUGCUGCAGGCCCGCGCCCAGCUGAAGCUGGUGGCCCUGGAGGGGCUUCUCUACGCCAUCGGGGGGGAGUGUCUUUACAGCAUGGAGUGCUACGACCCUCGCACCGACCACUGGACCUCGCGCGCCCCUCUCCCCGCAGGCACCUUUCCUGUGGCCCACGAGGCCGUGGCCUGCCGGGGGGACAUCUAUGUCACGGGGGGCCACCUCUUCUACCGCUUGCUCAAGUACAGCCCCCCGCAGGACUGCUGGGCCGAGUGCCCCUACAGUGCCAGCCACCGGCGCUCCAGUGACAUGGUGGCCCUGGGUGGCUUCCUGUACCGCUUUGACCUGCUGCGCGGGGUCGGCGCCGCCGUGAUGCGCUACAAUACGGUCACGGGGUCCUGGAGCCAGGCCGCCCCCCUGCCCCUUCCCGAGCCCAUCCCACUCCGGUGUGCGGUCCUGGGGAACACCAUCUACUGCCUCAACCAGCAGGUCACGGCCACCUUCGCUGUGUCCGAGGGAACGGCGCAGUUCGAGGCUCGCCAGCUGAAGCCCUUCCCUAUGGGGGGGAAGGGUGUUCUCUGCCCCUUUACCCUGACACUCCCCACCCUGUCCCCGCUACAGACCCCACUGUAAGCUCACAAAAUCCUGCUGGCACUGGGUGAUGAGCCCUGCGAGGACC